UCAUUAUCCCACUUGCGUUAUUCAAAUCGAACUUCUACCUGAUAUCAAUGUACCAUGGACUCAAAGGCGUCAGCAAACAUGUUAAAGUCCGGUUCGAGCUUGGGAAAUGAACAGAACUUCGCUUUAGUUCGGCACAAAGAUCAGAGAAACAGAAAUCUAUUUCUCGAGCUUCUUCCUAGAGAGAUCCGCGACGAGGUAUACACUUGUGUUCUUACGAACCCUAUUCUCAGCCAUCCCGACGUCUUUGAUCGUAUAUCCGACGUUUAUGCUCCCGGCUUCAAUGAUAAAUCAUUCGGCCUUUCUGUUCAGAUCUUAUGGACUUGCCGGCAAAUCUACAGAGAAGCGGUAGACAUCCUUUACGGAUCCAACGAAUUCAUUUUUACUUUCACCGAUUCAACUUUCGACUUGAAUCCCCUGCUCCGUAAUCAUAGGGGAUCCAUUCACACUAUCUUUGUCAAUCCAAAUUUUAAGAAAGUCAAGUCUUGGAAGCUUGUGCUGUCGACUCAGGAGUUUGUAUGCUGCACGCGUACGGAACAGUUUGCUAAAUUCUGUCGCCUGAUUUCAGACGGUGGUAAUGCUAAGAAAUUGACGUGUGUCCUGCGCGACGAUCGAAUUCUGAAAGAAACCAAUCAUCUCGAUACUAAGGUAGCGCUUGACUUCCUCAAACAUCUCAGGCUGUUGAGAAACCUCACAUCCGUUGAGAUUGAGAUCGCUCCUCACAGGUGGUAUGACCACGACGGAGAAUCCACAAAAUUGCUCAACUCUUCGCUCAUGCUUUUAGACCUGCACAAACUAAAGCCCUUGUUGCUAAGCAAUGAUCCAGUGCUUAGACUCUAUCGGAUGUACUCUAAGCUGUUGACCUACGCGCAAGCUUUUGAAAGAGACGAAGAGCUCAAAAGCCACAUGGAGUCCACAUGGGAGGAAGCCCGUUAUCAUUGCAGCUGGGGAUAUCUUUCCUAUAAUUCCGCGUACCCGUGGAAGUCCGAGCUUGUUCUUAUGGUAGAGGAUGGAUUGAGAGCCUGUAAUUUCGCUUGUCAGGAAACUAAUCUCGAGAGUUUCUUAUCAGAACGCAGUGCCGUGCUGCAAAUUCUCGAACGGCAAUACCAACAAAUUGUGGAGGCAUCACAAUCGCUGAACUGCUUGAUCCAGGACCAGCUGGCCAAAGACUUCAAUGCUUGUCGUAAGGAACGCAGUAAGACUACAUCAGCGACAAAGUCCUACCACUCCACAGUUAUUUACCUGGCUCAGCAAUAUGCGCGAGCAUUCAUCAGAGAUACUCUCAUCGAAUCCGAACCUCAUAUCUGUCACAGUCCCAAGCGGAUACUUGGAGACCAGUCUUCGAUAAAAGCAGAAGACCUGUUGUGCCUCUUGCCCUAUAAAGGCGAUGGAAGCUUGGUCAUUGAGUACUUCAAGUCUGCUUUGAAUACCAUGGACAACCAAUAUCUGGAAAUUCGGAAAGCGAGGAAAGCGCUCUUCGAUUGCGAUGAUCAAGAAUAUCCUAAACACAUUGAUGUCGAACAGUGGAGAUCUGAUCAGAUGAUUGAUUGGGAUGUUGCGGCGAAGAGAUGGAAGGAGAUGUUUAAAUGUCCUCAAACCAAACCUAAACGACCCUUUCUAUCAGCGCUUUGGAAGCGCAUCUGGUGUGUUCUGCAUUGA